UGCUUUGUCAGUGAUGUUUGUGUUUUCUGAACCACACGUGCAGUCUUAAAGUCAAACAACACGCCUGCUUCAUCAUAACUCAAGCUGAAACAGACGUGAGCACAACUUCUCUCAGGACGAUAGAAGAUUUCUGACUCCUCCUUCAAGAUGAUAAAAGACAGCGAGAACUCUGCUCUUGAACCAGCAAAGCCACACCGAUGCAACCUGCUCUGCCUCGGUCCUCUGACCUUCCAUUCCCAGGCUGUGGGAACCCAAACCCACCUGAGCCAGGGGGGUCGACAUGCUGAGAGAAACAAGAACACGUUCAAGAAUGGCCUGGUAUUUAGCAGCCGUCCAGUGAAGAUCCAGGAAAGGAUUCGUGUGAGAGUGCAGAAGGGUGCCUUUAACUGGCAAGGAGCUUUGCGUGUGGGCUUCACCAACGUGUCACCUUCAGCCAGAUCUUUACCUCUGCCCAGCUUAGCUAUCCCUGACCUCACCAGCAGCCCCGGCCACUGGGCCGCUCCUGUGCAUGAGUCCUGCUGUCUCCCAGGUUCAGAGCUGGAGUUCUGGGUUUCUGCAGGUAGCAGUUUAUACUGUGCAAUCAACAACAGGCAGCACAAGCUUCUAUCAGGAGUGGACCUCAGCAAACCCCUUUGGGCCAUGAUAGAUGUCUAUGGGCAGACUUGUGCCAUUUCCCUCAUCCACUCAGAGAAAAGGGGGCUGUUUGGCAUUAGGAGAUCUUGUCCUGCACCUGAGGGUCUUGCUACAACUGAAGAUGACAAACACCAGAGUUUAAAACUUGAUGAAUCAAGACUCAGUAGAAACAGUGAUGACUGCAUAUCCUUCCUAAGCAUGGAACUCCCACCAGAGAUAAGAUGCGUGGUGUGCAUGGUGAAGGAGGCUAGAGUCAAACUGCCAUGUGGCCACCAGUGUUUGUGUAAUAACUGCAGCGUCAGAGUCAUGCAGGAGUUUAACAGCUGCCCACUGUGUCGCCAGGUGAUCCGCUCUCUAUCAGUGCACAGUAGCCUUUUGGAGGUAGUUUGAGCUCCAAAACCUCAAAGAGGAAGCAUCAAAUGCAAACUACUGACUGACUGUAACAGAGAAAACACUGUGAAUGGAACAUAUUAAAUGUAUUCCUGCAGGUUUCUGAGGUAAGAUCAGGAAACCUUUACUCAGUUUGUAAAUAUUGUACAUUGUGUGUAAGAAAAGUAUACUGAGGUGUACAUGUUGAACUACUGAACUUGAAGUUUUUUUUUUAGGUUUGAAGAAAAAUUAAGAAAAAUGUGUAAAACUUGAACUUUGACGCUGUCUCUUUCUUAAAACAAGAUUUGUUUAUGUCUUAGAAUGAUAUCAUGUAUGUAAAUAGUAUUAAAAGAAUAAGAAUAAAAUUACAUUGUUUUAACUGUACAGAAUAAUUAAAUUCUUUGUAAUGUAACCAUAAAAUCAGCUGAUUAUUUAUUUUAAAUGAAUUUGCCUGAAAAUAAUGUUAUUUUACUGAAUGUAAAUUGUGACCAGAAAAAUAAACUAC